ACUUAUAAGAUCACCUGACUGAUUGCACUUUAGUCAGCCACAUCAGUGUAUGAAUUGCUUUCAAGAUAAGUAAGGAUAUAAAUCACCCCUUCAGAAAGCUUUACUCUAGGUUGGAUAGGAAACCUUCUUUUAGUUCUACGUUUUGUUAUAAUACCUAACAACCAUGGCAUUUGAUGGCGUCUGGAAAGUAGAGAAGAGUGAAAACUAUGACAAGUUCAUGGAAAUAAUGGGUAUUAAUAUAGUGAAGAGGAAGCUUGGAGCCCAUGACAACCUGAAGCUCACAAUCAAACAAGAGGGAAACAAAUUCACCAUUCAAGAAAACAGUACCUUCCGCAACAUAGAGAUAGUGUUCACUUUGGGAGUGAAUUUUGACUACAGUUUAGCUGAUGGAACUGAACUCAAUGGGACCUGGGACUUGAAAGGAACCCAACUGGUAGGUUCAUUCAACCGGAAGGAUAAUGGAAAGAAACUUGACGCACUGCGGGAAAUUGUAGGAGACGAAAUGAUUCAGACUUAUACCUAUGAAGGAGUAAUAGCCAAAAGAUUCUUCAAGAAAGCAUAAACAACUAUUGCUGAAGACUGAAAACUAUCAGAAGAUCACUUGUGUUUUCUUUAUGUUUUCUUAACCAAAUACAAAGUAGCUAAAUACUAAUAUUCACUUAAGAUAUAUUUAUCUUUUAUGCACCAUGAUUAUUUAG